ACAGCCUGUAACCCAUAUACCGAGCAACAAAUGGUGCGUCUGUGCUGGAGACCUAAUGCUGGAGUUCGGGGGAUGUUUCCGCCGACUGUGUGGCAUUGAUGAUCUACUGCAGGAGCUGCAGCAGGAGGACAAACCGCGCGGUGUCAUCUGUUGAUCGGAUUGGAGACAAUUAAGCGCAUUAUCAUGAGCCGCUGCGGUCCGACUUCCAGGUGAAAUUUGAGGAGUGUGAAAUGAUUCCAAAGUCAGGAAAAUCUCCGGCAGACUCGAGGAAAAGUGUCGGCAUUCAUGAGUUUGCAGCACUUGCCAGAUCCUCCCUAAAUGGUAUCUCUCAGGCAGUGAGGGACCAUGUGACGAAGCCCACUUCCCUGGCUCAGGGCCGGGUCGCCCACCUCAUUGAGUGGAAAGGUUGGCCCAAACCUGCAGACACACCGCCGGCCGCCCAUUCCCACUUCAGCUCCUACUGCCAUCUGACUGAAGGAGAGAAGGAGGCCCGGUUUGCUGCAGGAGUGGCUGAGCAGUUUGCCAUAGCUGAGGCUAAGCUGCGUGCCUGGGCGUCUAUGGAUGAAGACGAGGAGGAAGAAGACUCCAACGAUGAGGAUUCCCACCCCAAUGGACAGACUCACACCUUCUCCAGCCAGACCUCAGACGCCGCCACAUCCAAUCCUAUCACAGGAGUGCCAUAUCAGUCUGAGGUUGAUGGCGGGGAGGCACCGCCCUCCGACAGUCCCCUCGGCUCCAGCAGCAGCAGCAGCCUGCACUGUGGUGGGCCUUCGUCUCACAAUGACCCACAUUCAUCCCAGACCAAUUCACCUACUUUACCCAGCGACUGCAUGAGUCCCUUUCUGGAGGAGGAGGAGGAGGAGGAGGAGAGGCUGGAUGGUCACAAGGAGCAGCCAGCUUCUGUGCAGGAGGAGCACAGUGAGGUCUGCAUCCACCACAAGCCCGAGUGGAGGCCUCGGGCCAGGAGCAGCAGGUUCGACUCCUGCUACUCCACCUCUCACUCUGAGUCUCCUGGAGAGGAGGACGAGGAGGACGAGGAGGAGGAAGGUAGCGUGUUUCAUGAUGUCCGAGUGUGGCACUGCAGCCCGAGAAGCUUCUUUUCCGACCGCGCCUCCUCUGGAGUGGCGUCGUUCGAUGAAGAGGAGGAGAGGGAUGAAGUGGAGGAGAAGAUGGAGGAGAAAGAGUUUUGAUGUGAUGUGUUGUCCAUCAUUAUGUCUCUUUGAGUCUGUGUUGAUUCUGGAUAUGACUUCAUCUAUUCUGCUUUCACUGUUAACACCUCUCCACCUCGUCCUCUUCUUCCUCCUCUUCUCCUUUCCUUCCUCUGAUCAUCUCCUCCCCACUCGCUGCCUUCUGUCUCUCAUCCUCCAGGCCUUUCAUGUACUGAUCUCGCUCCACUGUUUAUGGCUGCUGUAAACAGUAUAUACAGUAUAUAUUGGAGAGUUGAACCAGAAUGUAAAGCUGUUGUUCAAACUGAGUUUUGUACAUUUGUGUGAAGAGUCAUGUGUUGCUAUUGCAUUUGGUUUUUUAUGGAUAUUUUGUAGUGUUGUUUUAUCUGGGUCAUGCUGUGUCAUGUGGGUUGGGCUAUGUUUGAUACUGAAUGUCUGAAUGUCCUACAUAUAUAAA